CACUUUGCGCUGUAUAGUGUAGGACACACCCAGUGAGGAGAGCACGUUAGGGAGAUUGACGUGAUGAGGCGUGAGGCUGCUGCUCUAAGCAUUUUACGUCUCAGUUUAGAGUUUAGCUCUCCUGCAACUCGGAUGACAACUCCAUCAUAGGUUAACUGUCAGUGAGGACAUCGUCGGGCCACUGUUAUGGCAGCUGAAGGGGUCAUCGUUUUAUGGAGUUUUCUCAUGCUCUAUCCAGUGCCUGUGUCUGGAGGUAAAGCUGAGGGUUGUGAGUGUUCAGAGGCGACCGUUUUUACUGACUUUCCUUUGGAUGUCCCCACUGAUGUUUGUUGUCUCAACUACUCUGGAUCUACCUUUGGCCAUGUGUCAUGGGCAGCAUUCUCCUCCAGCACUAAGUUACAAAUCUUGGACUUGUCCUACUGUAACAUUUCCUCCAUUGACUAUAAAGCAACAGAGGGCAAAGCCUUUUUCCUCAGGGAACUGUACCUGGGUUAUAACAGGUUAACAUCUCUGCCAGCAGACUUCCUAACUAAUGCAGGUGAUCUACAAAUGUUGGACCUAAGGAUGAACCUCCUGGAGAGACUACCGGAGGGCUUUUUGCAGAACUCAGACAGGCUACUGGUCCUGAACUUGAGAGGGAACCAGCUGAGCUCUUUCCCAAGCUCAAUGCUCAGACCCUCCCUCCAGAACUUGGAGCUGUCUGAGAAUCCCUGGGCCUGCACGUGCUCACUGGUUGAGGAGCUUCAGAAAAGUCGCCACGACAAUAUCAGCAGCCAAGAGACUCUCGUAGGUAACCUUACCUGUGCAGCCCCGAGUAGCCUUGCAGGCCGGACAGUGUGGUCUGUGCAGGUGAGUGACGUGUGCCGGCUGCCGGGGCUGACCGCCCUUUUCAUCUUACUGCCGCUGCUCCUCCUCGUCGGCCUGGUCCUCUGCUGGUGCUGUGGUAGGAAAGAGAAGAGGAAGGAGGUUCCUACCUUCGGCAUGGCUCACAAGAAGGCACAUUCAAACCGCAGUGGACAGGGGCCUCGCGUCACCAAGGCGGUAGAGGCGACUUUGCCUUGUGAAACCAGUAAGGAUGCCAUGCUGAAGAACCAGCUGAUGCUCCGUCCCACCUCCACCCUGCUGGGCAGCACACGAGACAUCUACGAGGAGGUGGAAAUCAAGCUAGGCUCUGUGGACUCCCUUGCACGACCUCCCUCCUCUGCUGCGUCCACAGAAGAGGGGACAAUCAAGCGGGAGUCACAGGGUCUGGGCAGCAAGCAGGACCUGGAGACAGUCAGUGUGACAGAAGUUAUGAAGGACUCGGCUGACCGGGAGAAGGCCUACCUCACUCAGUCGACUGAAUACUACAGCCUGGUGCCUGGGAUUGAAAUCGAGGACUCGGACCACGAUAGGAAACAAGAGAAAACAGACCUGAUUGAGGUGGAACUGGCCUUGUAAACAAAGACACAGAACUCAUCAUCCAUUUACUCGUAUGCCAUCAUUCAUGUUACACCCUGUUUUAAUCCAUAUGGAGCGGAACCUUUCACAUAAAUCUCGUUGGCAGAGCCAUCUGGUCGUCAGUUAAUAUUGGCCUGUUCCCUCGUCAUGGCUGCUUGCUCUUGCUGGGUUGGAUGGCCAGUUUUGAUUGACAUACUUAUGUCUAUUUAGUUUGCUUUGUUUGUUUAUCUGUGUGCACUUUGGUUCCCUAUACUCAGUGUAAACUUCAAAUGUUUGAAUAUCCCAUUCAAUCCAAAACCGUGGAAGACUGAGUUCCAAACAAAAUAUUUUUAUUCAUUAAGUCAAAAAUAAACAGGAAACAAACACAGAGUGAUGACUAAAUUACACUAAAUUGCAAAAACUGGCUAACAUGUGAUUAAACAGUGUCUCUUGGGCACAUAAUUUUCAGAAAGUAUUUACAGUGGAUACAAGUAUAUUGUAUAAUUAUAAAAUAUGUAUAAAU